UGUAGAGGAUUUUUACUCUCCGCCAGAAAGCAAAGGACGCCCGAGAGUUUCGUUCUUUCAGACUGUAUUUUUGUGCCAGGGAGAGGAGAGGCGACGCGGUUAGCGGUCGGCUCCGGGAAUCAUGGCCAAGAUCAGCAACAGCACGGGGCGGGGGAGACCCAACAAGUUCUACGAUGACUCGGACGACGAGAAACUCGACCUGAAACUGGACAGCAUCGUGGAGAAGAAAACCACCCCACUUUUCAUAUACAUUCUGACCUUUUUCGCGGCUCUCGGAGGAUUUCUCUUCGGAUACGAUACGGGCGUGAUCUCCGGGGCGAUGAUUUUAAUCCGAAACACCUUCAGUUUGUCUUCGGUGUGGCAGGAGCUUGUCGUCGGUGUCACGAUAGGGGCGGCCGCCGUGUUCGCCCUCAUAGGGGGGUUCCUCAACGACCGACUGGGACGGCGCGCCGUUAUCAUGAUCGCCAGUCUGAUUUUCACCAUUGGGUCCAUAUCCAUGGCAGUUGCUAAGGACAAAUUUGCCCUGUUGUCAGGCAGAAUUGUUGUCGGUGCAGGAAUUGGUUUAACAUCGACCACCAUCCCCAUGUACCUCGCCGAAUGUUCGCCCUCCCACGUCCGAGGAAGUUUGGUAUCCACCAACAUUGCCAUGGUGGCAUUUGGUCAGUUGAUAGCCAAUAUUGUAGACGGGAUUUUUGGGUCGGAUACCGUGAAUGGAUGGCGGUAUAUGUUGGGCUUGGGCAGCAUUCCAGCCUUCAUACAGUUUGCAGGCUUUAUGUUUAUGCCGGAGAGUCCUCGAUGGUUGAUCAUACAGGGCAAAGAGGAAAAGGCCAGGAGGGUUCUUCAGUCCAUGAGAGGGCAGCUAGAUAUAGAAGAAGAGUUUGAUGCCAUAAAACUCACCUGUAAUCAAGUGCAGCAGGAAGAAAGGUCCAAAUCUCACAGGACAAUUUUUGUUCAAAUGUUAAAAACCCCGUCGAUUCGCAGAGCUCUGGCUGUAGGCUGUAGUCUGCAAAUUUUUCAACAGCUUGCAGGGAUAAACACAGUGAUGUACUACAGCGCUACGAUCAUCCGAAUGUCUGGCGUAGAGAGUGACGAAGCUGCAAUAUGGCUGUCUGCGGUCACAGCUGCUGUCAAUUUCCUUUUCACUCUCGUCGGCUUAUUUUUGGUCGAGAAAAUUGGUCGACGUCCACUGACGCUUGGAAGUUUAAUGGGUGCCAUUGUUAGUCUUGCCUGGUUAGCAGUGGGCUUCCAUCUUUCAGCUCUCAACACCCCACCCGUUGACAUUGUGGAACCGUCAGCUGCACUGUCGCACUGUGCACGUUACAGAAUCUGUAAUGACUGCAGACGCGACCUCAGCUGUGGGUACUGCUACAUGAGUGUGGACGACACUGUUGGGAACUCGUCCUGCUUACCAACAACAUACGACAACCCCUGGCUGUCCACUGCGGGCCGGUGUAACGCUUCUUCACUGCCUGGACCUCUCACCUGGGCGUACGACUAUUGUCCUACUAAUUAUUCGUGGAUGCCAAUGGUGGGCCUCGUCAUGUAUCUUAUAUUUUUUGCACCUGGCAUGGGUCCUAUGCCAUGGACUAUCAACUCUGAAAUUUACCCACUGUGGGCAAGAAGUGUGGGAACAUCAGUAUCUACAUUUACUAACUGGACCUGUAACCUGGCUGUGUCGAUGUCCUUUCUAAGUUUAACUGAAGCACUUACUCGAUAUGGUACAUUCUGGCUAUACGCCUGCUUAGCAUUUCUUGGAGCAAUAAUUCUGGCAUUGCUUUUACCAGAGACAAAAGGCAAAACUCUAGAAGAGGUUGAAGGAUUGUUUAACCAACCCUGGUUUGGAAACCCUGGACCCCAAAUAAACUAUAACACAAAAACAGUGCAAUAUGUACACAUACGAGGACUGAACAGAGACGGACGGGAAUCGGAAUUAGAUUCUCCAGAAUGAACAGAAUCAAGUUAAAAUGAAAAGAGGAUACAUGACUGAACAGCUUCAGAACAUUGAUAAUCAUUCAGAAGAAGAAAAAACAUGGAUUCUGAAUCAAGAUUUGAAUAGUGGACCUUUGAGAAGGUGAUCCAAUGAACAUAAGUGUUUACAAUGUAUGUAGUUAAAAGUUCAUCAAGCAGAAAUUAGACUCUUACCCCGAAAAAAGACACUCCACUCAAACAAAAAGAAGAAAAAAAGGGAGAGAAACCUAGAUAGAUAGCUUAUAAGCUAUAUAUACUUUUCAAGAUUGAACUAACAUCCUUAGGCUAUCAGUAGGUCAUCCAUUAGAAAGUACAAAUUAACUACAUAUACAUUGAAACCUGUCUAAACCGGAUCAUGCCAGGAACCUAAUAUUUAUUAGAUUUAGACAGGAUCCGCUGUUUAGAGGGUCGCAUGUUAGAAUUUAGCAAUUUCGGGACAUUUGACAGUAUUCUGGUUUGUUCAGGGUCCUCUUUAGGCAGGUUUCACUGUAUAUUUAAUAUUCACUGAGCAAAAUACAUGAUGGCAGACGUGUUUGAACAUAUAACUGGAAUCCUCUUGUCGUUUAUGUUUGAUGUGUUAGAUUAAAACUACAUAUAUAAUUGGUAGCAUGGGUCCCUGGUGAUUCAAGGUACUUAAUAAUUGUAUUAGUAUAUUUUAAAACUGCUUUGUAAUUAUAUUAUAAUUAUUAGUUGAAGAAACUUUUUAAUUGUUACUUGAACCAACAAUGCAGAAAAAUCUACAUAUUUGAUGCAAUCAAAAGUACACACGUGCUUACAAUCGGCCUAGCCCCGCUCACUGAACGAAAAAUUGUACAUCUGUUGAGUCGUGUUAUUUACUAUUUUCAAGUAUAGAAGCGCAAAACGUUAUAAGAACAAAGUAUAUAGCUGCAAUUAAAGCCAAUUUGCUUGGUUGAAUUUAUGUCUCAAAGCAAUCAAUAAAAAAGGAACUGAUUUUAUAAAUAUUUUAUUGAUUUAGCAGUCAGCAGAUUGCUGCAUGGUGGUUAAAAUAUAGAACAAACUACUUUUUUGUUUUUUAAAUAGUUUUGGUUAUUUCUAUUUGUAUUUUUUAUCUAAAUAUUCUUUUAAUAUUUAUUCAAAUAUAAUACUGACUAUACCGGUAUAUAUUGUAGUAAUAGAAAUAUUUUUAAAGUAAAACUCUGUUGAUCUACGUACAUCCUUAGUUUACGUUUUCAAAUUUUAGUGCCCAUAUUUGCUUCCAUAGAAAAACAAUUGAUGUGUGGUGUCACUCACUAGUAUGUCAAAAUGAACAUGCAUACUUCAAGAUAUAUAUUUUGGCCAUGAUCACCAUAAAUUAAGAAAACUACAAAUAUUUAAUUGACAUAUGGGUCAUGUGUUUUUGUCCUAUUUUGAUUCCUGUGUAGAAAAAAUAAUUUUUAAGGUAAAAUGUAACAAAAACUUGGAUAUACUUAAAAUUUCUUAGUUACUCGACUGUCUACACAUCUAUAAGACUUGGAACGUAAAUAAACAGUAGGUGGCAUAUUACUUUUAAAAUGGGGGAAAAUCCCAAAUGGCACAACUUAAUGGAGACAAUAUGACUCAACAGUAGUUUAUUCUAAUUUGUAUAAUUGUAUGUACUAUAUAAAUUAGAUAAGAUUAAAUAUUUUGUGUCAUAGUAAAAUUUGAUAUUUUAUGAUAUAGUACAUACAGGUAUAUUUAAUGGGCUGAAUGUAUAGGUAUAAGAUAAAAAACAAACAUGCCUUGUAACUUUGGCCCAAUACAUUUAAAAAUUUAUUUGUUACUCUACUUUGUAAUUCUGUUUGCUCAUCUGCACAUAACAGAAUAGCAAAAUAAGUGAAUUUAAUAAUUAACUCAGAUAUUUGGUCAAAGUGCGGUAAAAUAUAUACUGUACCAUAACAUAUUCCAACAUACUGGAAAGAUUAAGAGCCAGUUUCACAAAACAUCAUAAGUUUAAAGUUAACAUACGGUUGUCGUCUAUUUUAUGCAAAAAAAUUACAUUAUGACAAAAGAUGAAUGUGGUGUAAGGACGAAAUCAAAUAAAAUAUGUAUAUUUCAAACUAUAUUAGUUGUACUGUUUGUAGUUAUACAAACUGGGAUUUAGGCGUACAUUUACAUGCAAAACUAGACUUACGAUUGUUUUGUAAAAUUGGUUCCUGAUCUCUACAAAUACAGAAUUAUUAUUGA